AGGUUGGUGUUAGAUGAGAGUGAGGUUAAGUUUGGCGGGUUUCAAGUUGUUCUGUUUUGUGUUUUAAAAAAGUUAAGAUGCCUCCAGCGGCUAAGAAACAUUGCUCGGUUAUUUUAUUUGACCUUAAGGCUAAAAACCGUGCAACGGCGAUUCAAACGUUGCUGAAAAUUGCGGCUACAAAUUAUUUCUUGAGUUCCAAGGAUUUAACAAAACUAAUUUUGUUGAAUUCGGACACGACUGAAAAUCGUUUGAAUGCACAAUACGGGGGGUAUGAACACGUAAAUGAAGUUAUGAAGGAUAUUACGACUUAUAAUCCGAAAAUACUUAACGAUCUGGUUGAAAGCAGGGGCACCGGUGAGGCAAACUGGUUAGAAGGGUUGCACGUCGCUGCUGCAAAUUUGGCUGAGGAAUUUGAAGGAGUUUGUGGAAUUGUCACGUAUCAGUUAUUAUUUAUAACAGAUUUGAGUUUGUCUCCGUCCACCGUUGAUAACUCUCUAAUUGACAAAAUAGCACAAUUACUGAAUCAGUUUGGGGCUUUUUUGUACGUUGUAGGCCCCGAAAUUGAGCCCUCAUUUACUAUAAAGUCGCCCCAAGACAUUAAAACCUGGAUGAAGAAACUCCAAACAAAAGACCAAAAUAUUGCCACUAUUAAGACCCUCAUUUCGAAAAUUAAAAACGGAGUUGUUUGUGAUUCCAAAAUGGGGGCAAAUUUAUUUUUUUCGUUUCGUAACUGGGCCGGGUCGCAGCCAUGGAACGUCCCAUUGGAGAUUGGCAGUAAUAUCAAAAUUCCCGCCAAAACAAUGAAAAUAUUGAAUGAAAUAGUUCAAUGCAAGUUGGUUUUGUCACAAGGGGCGAUUAAGCCGUCAAUUUGGGUUGACGCUGAGGAUGAGUCAAUUGAAUUCGAUGUCAGCGAGGUUAUUAAUGGCAUAACGCGACACGAAAAAUUCGUCCCAAUCAACAACAACAAAAUGUUUCAAGUUGAAAAUCCGCGCAGUUUCAACGUUUUGUGUUUCACCGAUGCGUCGAAUGUCUCUGAGCACUUGAUGCGAGGCGGGGGGUGUUAUUGCGUCUUGCCGAAUGCUAGUUCGGAAAAAAAUGAAGCUUUUAAUUGUUUGGUUGAUUGUCUAGCGCAACAAAACAAAUACGUAAUCGCUCGACGUGUCUAUAAUAAUAAUUAUGUGCCAAAGAUUGUGGUUUUGGUGCCGAAACCAGAUUAUAAUCCGAAAUGUUUUGUUAUGACUUCGUUGCCGUUUGCUGAUGACAUUAGGUUGAAUUGUAAGGAGAAGAAAGUUGGCUCGGCACCGAAAAUCGAUGUAAAUGAGAGUGUUUACAAAUUUUUGGACACUUUAGACACGGAUAUUGCGAAUUCGCUUAAAAAAGUCCCACUAGAUAUUACAAUGAUGCAGAAUGUGAACGUCCAGAGGAUUGUUAAUAAAACCGUGGAUAAAUUGUUGGGUAAACAGUUGAAUUUGGAGGAAAUAGAUUUAGAUUUGAUGGAAAUGCCCUCUGGGGAAGAUAUAGAACAACUGAAAAAUAGUUGGCCUGAACGAAAAAUCGAAGAAGUUAAGAAAAAUGAAGAGCCCACGGCUGAUGUCUCUGAUGAUGAUGACUUUGAUUGGGAUUAAACUGUAUUUUUCUCUGAACAUUAUACUUACUCUUUUGUU